AUAAAAUGGAGCCAUCCAUUACAUCUGAAUCCAAGUUCACAGUCGGAACAAGAUCUAGUGAUUUAGCAAAGGUCCAAACCUUUGAAGUUAUAGACAUGAUAAUUAAAGCAGCCUCCGAGAAAGGAAUCGAGCUUACUAGAGAAAAUUUCCCAAUAUUUGAGAUUAAAAACUCAAUCGGGGAUCAAGACCAAAAGACAAAGCUGUUUAAUAUGGGUGGUACUGGAGUUUUCUGCAAGCAACUUGAACAACAGAUCAUUGAUAAAAACUGCAAUAUUGGAGUUCAUUCAAUGAAAGAUCUUCCAACUACUCCAGUUGAUGGCUUAGUUGUAGUUGCUAUUCCAGAUCUCAAGGCAAGAGAUGAUGUAGUAAUCCUCAAGAGCAGUAAUAAAGAGUAUAAGACUCUUGACAAUCUCCCUGAGGGAUCCAAAGUAGGGACUUCUUCAUUAAGAAGAAUAUGUACUCUAAAGAAGAAGCAUCCUCACCUUGAAAUUUUAGACAUUAGAGGAAAUCUAAACACGAGAUUUAGGAAAUUGGAGGAGGAAGAAUAUGAUGCAAUUAUUCUGGCAAAAGCUGGAGUAGUCAGACUAGGAUGGGAAGACAAGAUCGAUCAGGUUCUUACUAAGUCUGAAUAUGAAUAUCCACCAGCUCAAGGCUCCCUCGCAGUCCAAUGUAGAGAAGAUGAUCCUGCUACAAUUGAGCUAUUGAAGUUAAUUGAUAAUCCUUUCAGCAGGAGAAUAGUUGAGGCUGAAAGACAGUAUCUUAAGACUUUAGAAGGAGGAUGCACUCUGCCUAUUUCUGUAAAUGCUCAUGUAUAUGCUAAAGAUGAUGAAACUAAAGCCGAGAUUAUCAACUUUGAAGAUCACAAAGUUGAAAACUGUAACUUGAUUCUUACAGGCAGUGUUUUUGAUCGAAACGAUUUUAGCAAUUGUUUGACUCAUUCAGUUGAUGGCGAUUUGGGUGAGUGGAUAGAAUUAGGAACAAAGCUUGCAAAUGAUCUAAGAGAUAAAGGAGCUAAAGACUUUGUACUUCAAGCAGAAGAAUUUAAGAAAGAAGAAUAA